UCACGUGGCCCCGCACCUCCCCGGCGCGCGUCCGCCUGCUCGCCCCCGGCCCCGGCUCCGGCUCCUCCUCCUCUUCUCGCCAUUGCAGUUGGACUCAGCAGCCCGGUGCGCACCGCGUGGCUUUUGGGGCGAGACCCCGGCGGGCUCUGGCAGGAGGGCGGCGGCUGCGGUCGGAGAAGGGGACGCGGACAAGUUCCUCCUGAUUUCACCUUUUACGUCUCAGAGGAAUGAUUCCUUUCCCCUGGAAACUUGGACUUGCUCUCCUGCUACGUUUUGUCAUUAAGUUGCUUAACCUUGUGCAGUCUUGAAGGAUGUGUAAGGUGUCACCAUCUAGUAUUAGCAGGCAGAUGUUAAAGUAUUUCUGUUGGUUCAUCCAAGAGUAGCUGAAAUUACUCCUUCAGUACAUUGCAUUUGUAGUUCUACAGCUGAUAGAGCAUUUUCCCACCUUGUCACCUUUAAUCCUUACUGUUUGCGGCUCUGAGGUGUAGAUAGUUGAAGUAUUGAUAACACCAAGGAAAUCUGUCACAAUUUGAAAAGAUAAGCAAAAAUUUGAUUUCCAGACACUACAGAAAAAGAAGUAAAAAUGCGUCCAGUGAGAAUUUUUGUGAAUGAUGAUCGCCAUGUGAUGGCAAAGCAUUCUUCCGUUUAUCCAACACAAGAGGAGCUGGAGGCAGUCCAGAACAUGGUGUCCCACACGGAGCGGGCUCUCAAAGCUGUGUCCGACUGGAUCGAUGAGCAGGAGAAAGGCAGCGGCGAUCACGCCGAGUCCGAGCAUAUGGAUGUGCCCCCAGAGGACGAGACCAAAGAAGGGGCCGGGGAGCAGAAGUCAGAGCACGUGACCAGAACCCUGAGGGGCGUGAUGCGUGUUGGCCUCGUGGCAAAGGGCCUGCUGCUCAAGGGGGACCUGGACCUGGAGCUGGUGCUGCUGUGUAAGGAGAAGCCCACGACCGCCCUCCUGGACAAGGUGGCUGACAACCUGGCCAUCCAGCUCGCUGCUGUUACAGAUGACAAGUACGAAAUACUCCAAUCUGUCGACGAUGCUGCGAUUGUGAUAAAAAACACAAAAGAGCCUCCAUUGUCCCUGACCAUCCACCUGACAUCCCCUGUUGUCAGAGAAGAAAUGGAGAAAGUAUUAGCUGGAGAAACGCUAUCAGUCAACGAUCCCCCGGACGUUCUGGACAGGCAGAAAUGCCUUGCUGCCUUGGCGUCCCUCCGACACGCCAAGUGGUUCCAGGCCAGAGCCAACGGGCUGAAGUCGUGUGUCAUUGUCAUCCGGGUCCUGAGGGACCUGUGCACCCGCGUUCCCACCUGGGGUCCCCUCAGAGGAUGGCCCCUCGAGCUUCUCUGUGAGAAGUCCAUCGGCACAGCCAACAGACCAAUGGGUGCCGGCGAGGCCCUGCGGAGAGUGCUGGAGUGCCUGGCUUCAGGCAUCGUGAUGCCAGAUGGUUCUGGCAUUUAUGACCCUUGUGAAAAAGAAGCCACUGAUGCUAUUGGGCAUCUAGACAGACAGCAACGGGAAGAUAUCACACAGAGUGCGCAGCACGCUCUGCGACUUGCUGCGUUUGGCCAGCUCCAUAAGGUCCUGGGUAUGGACCCCCUGCCUUCGAAGAUGCCCAAAAAACCAAAGAAUGAAAACCCAGUGGACUACACAGUUCAAAUACCCCCCAGUACCACCUACGCCAUUACGCCCAUGAAACGCCCAAUGGAGGAAGAUGGGGAGGAAAAGUCUCCCAGCAAAAAGAAGAAGAAGAUUCAGAAGAAAGAGGAGAAAGCAGAGCCUCCCCAAGCGAUGAACGCCCUGAUGAGACUGAACCAGCUCAAGCCGGGGCUGCAGUACAAACUGGUUUCCCAGACCGGUCCAGUUCACGCCCCCAUCUUCACCAUGUCUGUGGAGGUAGACGGCAACUCAUUCGAGGCCUCUGGGCCCUCCAAAAAGACUGCCAAGUUGCACGUGGCUGUUAAGGUGUUACAGGACAUGGGCUUGCCCACGGGUGCCGAAGGCAGAGACUCCAGCAAGGGGGAAGACUCAGCUGAGGAGACAGAGGCGAAGCCAGCCGUGGUGGCCCCGCCACCUGUGGUGGAAGCUGUCUCGACCCCCAGCGCUGCCUUCCCCUCAGAUCCCACUGCCGAGAACGUAAAACAGCAGGGGCCGAUCCUGACCAAGCAUGGCAAGAACCCUGUUAUGGAACUUAACGAGAAGAGGCGUGGCCUCAAGUAUGAGCUCAUCUCAGAGACAGGGGGUAGCCAUGACAAGCGCUUCGUCAUGGAGGUCGAGGUGGACGGACAGAAGUUUCAAGGCGCUGGCUCAAACAAAAAGGUGGCCAAAGCAUAUGCCGCCCUUGCUGCGCUAGAAAAACUGUUCCCCGAUGCCCCUCUCGCCCUCGAGGCCAACAAGAAGAAGAGAGCCCCCGUGCCUGUGAGAGGUGGACCGAAAUUUGCUGCUAAGCCACAUAACCCUGGGUUCGGCAUGGGGGGCCCCAUGCACAAUGAAGUGCCCCCGCCCCCCAAUCUCCGAGGACGGGGAAGAGGAGGGAACAUCCGCGGUCGAGGGAGAGGGAGAGGCUUUGGUGGCGCCAACCAUGGAGGCUACAUGAAUGCUGGUGCCGGGUAUGGCAGCUAUGGGUAUGGAGGCAACUCGGCAACCGCUGGCUACAGUCAGUUCUACAGCAACGGAGGGCAUUCUGGGAAUGCCGGUGGUGGUGGCGGCGGCGGGGGCGGUGGUGGCUCUUCUGGCUACGGUUCCUACUACCAAGGUGACAACUACAACUCACCAGUGCCCCCGAAACACGCCGGGAAGAAGCAGCCGCACGGGGGCCAGCAGAAGCCCUCCUACGGCUCGGGCUACCAGUCCCACCAAGGCCAGCAGCAGUCCUACAACCAGGGCCAGUACAGCAACUACGGCCCCCCGCAGGGCAAGCAGAAAGGCUAUAAUCAUGGACAAGGCAACUACUCCUCCUACUCAAACUCCUACAGCUCCCCCGGAGGCGGGGGCGGAUCAGACUACAGCUACGAGAGCAAAUUCAACUACAGUGGUAGUGGAGGCCGAAGCGGCGGGAACAGCUACGGCUCAGGCGGGUCGUCCUACAAUCCAGGGUCACACGGGGGCUACGGCGGAGGUUCUGGGGGCGGCUCCUCAUACCAAGGCAAACAAGGAGGCUACUCGUCACAGUCGAACUACAGCUCCCCGGGGUCCAGCCAGAAUUACAGCGGCCCUCCCAGCUCCUACCAGUCGUCACAGGGGGGCUACGGCAGAAACGCAGACCACAGCAUGAACUACCAGUACAGAUAAAGCCCCCAAGGGGUGAAGAUUUGUACCUUCUGCACUUACUCCCCCGUUGUAAGAUUCAGUUUUAUGCAUCACAGUUAACAUGUCAACCGGCCUCUCCAGGCCCCUUCCGCCCUACCCUGUCCACGUUGCUGUGUUGUGAGGUGCAGCUGGUCACUCCCGUGACCCGUCCUGUGACCCAUAUUUAGCUGUGUUUGGGACUCCGUGUCUUCAGUGGUUUGUUAGUUGCCAUUACAACUUUGUCUGAGUAGAGUUUUUUUGAGUUCUUGCAAUUAAGUAUCCCUCUGUCUAUUUACAAUUGGUGUUAGUGUUAACUCAGUUUGUCUUUAAAUAGUAACGGAAGGGAUACGUCAUUUGUUAAUGCUUUUGUGAAGUGAGUUAAACGAGCUUUCUGUAUUUUAAUGCUUUAGUGUUUCAGUUUUAUAAGUGAAGAUUUUAUUUUAAAAACCAGUGGGAAAGAGUGGGGUUUUUUUUGUAUGUCUGGAUCAUUCAGGCAGUACAUCUGAAUUGAGCUGAAUGUAGACGAAUAAAGAAAAACAAAACUCUG